CUCGGUCGCAUGGUGCGUGGUUUACUGGUGACAGUGAAGAAAAUAUGCCGAAGAUUAAACGCUUGUUUAAGUUUACAUUUAGAGGACGUUAGUGAUAUUAGUAGUUACGUUAAACACACAAGCGUUUGUCAACUGGGAAGAAGUAGCGGGAGCGCGUUUAGUAUUUGAGUGUUGAUAUUGCGAAGAAUCUCCAGAGCGUCUCACCGACAGAAUGAGGGAAACGCUUCUUCUUGUUCUGCUGGCUGAAGUAAUCACUAUAGCAACAGCUGAUGACUGUCGAGCGCUGAAUUUCGGUCAUGGCUCGGUUGUGUGUGUGUGCAAUGCGACAUACUGCGACUCGGUGGGCCAGGCUGGGCUGCCAGACCCCGGACAGUUCUUGUCAUAUGUCAGCAAUAAAGCUGGCAGCAGACUCGUGAAGAGUCGAGGCCAGUUCCAGAAGAACGGCACAACGGCAGCUCUCAGAAUCACUCUGAAUCCCAGUCAGAAGUAUCAGCGCAUUAAAGGAUUCGGGGGAGCCAUGACAGAUGCAGCAGCUAUGAAUAUUCUGUCCCUGUCCUCUGGAGCUCAGGACCAGCUGCUCAGACAGUAUUUCUCCCCAGAUGGCAUAGAGUACCGUUUCGUGAGAGUGCCGAUGGCCAGCUGUGAUUUCUCAACUCGCCUCUACACAUACGCUGACACCCCAGAAGACUACGACCUCCAGAACUUCACUCUGGCUGAAGAGGAUAUUCACAUGAAGAUUCCCCUGCUGCAGCGGGCACAGGCUCUCUCUGCUCAGCCUCUCAAUCUGUUCGCCAGUGCCUGGAGCGCCCCCGCAUGGCUGAAGACCAACGGUGCUCUGAUUGGCAAAGGCUCCCUCAAAGGCAAGCCAGGAGGCAAAGAGUAUAAGACCUGGGCCCAGUACUACAUUAGAUUCCUAGAGGAAUAUGGGAAAUAUAAUCUUUCUUUCUGGGGGCUGACAUCUGGAAAUGAGCCCACUGCAGGCGAAAUGACAAAUUACAGCUUUCAGGCGUUGGGCUUUACUCCGGAGACACAGCGCGACUGGAUCGCCCUGGAUCUGGGUCCAGGACUCCAUUCAUCAUCCUUUCCCCAGACCCGCCUUGUGAUCCUCGAUGACAACCGACUUCUGCUUCCACACUGGGCCAAAGUGGUUCUGAGUGACGUACAAGCGGCACGUUAUGUCCACGGGAUUGGUUUUCACUGGUAUCUGAACAACAUUGCGCCGCCUGACGUCACCCUGACAACCACGCACCAUAUCUACCCAGAGUACUUCCUGUUUGCAACCGAGGCUUGUGCUGGGUGGAGUCCACUGGACCGGGGGGUGCGCCUGGGCAGCUGGGACAGAGCAGAAGACUAUGCACAUGACAUCAUAGAGGACCUGAAUAACUAUGUGACCGGCUGGACAGACUGGAACUUGGCCCUUAAUCAGGAUGGAGGACCAAAUUGGGUCAAAAACUUUGUGGAUAGCCCUAUUAUAGUGGACUCAAGUAAAGACGUCUUCUACAAGCAGCCCACCUUCUACAGCAUGGCCCACUUCAGCAAGUUCCUGUGGGAGGGGUCACAGAGAGUGGGCGUGUCCUUCAGUCAGCAUACCAGCCUGAAAAUUUCUGCCUAUAUCAGACCGGAUGCCUCAGCCGUUCUGAUCAUUCUCAACAGGUCUGAAGAAGAGGUGCAGUUUGAAGUUUGGGAUCAAACGCUGGGCUUUCUGCCAGGAAGUGCUCCACCUCACUCCAUCCUCACACUACUGUGGAGCAGACGCUGAAAGGCUCUAGCAAACGCUGCGUCGAUGAGCCACAUAUGCACCUUAAUGAAUAACUCAAAUCAUUUCUGUAAAGCUUUGAGACAGUAACAUUUCAAGCAACCACGAUUGCAAAAUCAGAUACUUAAUCUACCCAUUUUGCUUAAGUUGUUUUGAUGGAUGGCAGUCAAAAGAAGAUUUAAGGGACAAUUAUCAAUUUUAAAGGCAAUAAAAAGAACGAUCGAGUCAUGUUUUAGCAAGUAAUGCUGAUAUUCCUGGAAAAACUUGAUGUAUAAAAUUCCUUGCACUGAACACACUAAGAAUUAAAAAGAUGCAAUAAACUUCUCACAGCCAUCUCUUCUGAGAAUGCAUAUUUAUGUCAACAAAAAUCAAAUAGGAAGAUCUGAAUGCAUUUGUUGUAUCAUAAGAUCAACAUGUUGCCUUGUUUUUAUUCAGUUUUAUUAUUAAUACAUCAUGGUCAUACACAUCAUAUAAUAUAUAUUUAUAUACUUUAAUAUUUAGCAAUUCAUCGUCAUUUUCAUCAAUGUUUUUUUUGUCUUCCUUAAAUGAGUUUUCCAACUAAAAUUAUUUACAUUAGAAGAAACUGUAAUAGAAAUGAGAGUGAAAAGAACAAAAUCAAAUUAAACUGAAUGACAUUGACGGGUCUGUGAUAUAUACACACCAGAGUUGGAAUCAAAAAGGAGAGAGAGAGACAAAACUUCAUGAUCUCCUGGACAAAAGGGAUGUGAGAACAACGAAAGUAAAGCAACGUUCAUAAACCGCAAAGACACGGCACCCCAUCCCAAUGAGAAUUCACAUUGAACGAUAAGAGGCGGGGAGUACAGCUCGUCUCUGGGAAACCCAGCGCUGUACCAUCUAAAUGUGGGUUGGGAGUUGUGCUGCUACAGCAACAAUAUGUGCCCCGACCCUACCCUCAUCCUGCGCUGUUUGUUCACUCGGGGGAAGGAAAAACUCUGGAGGAGAUCAAAAGACAUUCACAUAGACACAACUGAGAGGGACGGUGUUAGAGAACAGAAGUAAACAAACCAUAGUAAAAGUACGCCAGCAUGGUGGGAUGAACACAAA